GGGGGGGUUUCUGGCGCGUUCGCUCUUCUUCUGCCGCAGGAACGCACCACGACAGGGCUAUAUUAGGGCGGAAGCGAUGCUCCUCGACGGCGCAGGUCUCUGACAGCACUGUGAUGCCUGAUCAAUGGCGCCAGCAGCGGCGGGGAGAGUCGAAAAACGCCGCGGAAAGCGAGCGGCAGAGGAUGAGCUCGACGGCGAGAGGCGACUGAGGAAGAAGUUCGGCCGGCUGCGACUCGACAGAUUAUCCGAACAGACACUGAUUACGCCCACGACGACAGCAGCAGGAGGAGGAAUUUACGGUCUAGAGGCUCAGAGACAGGCAGACGAACGAGAGCAUGCGGGCUCGCCGUCGAAAUACACGUCCUCGCGGGCCAGCAAUGGCGAUGGCAUGCAGGUCGACGACACCAAAACCCGAGUAUACAUCACUGAUCUAGGGGACGAGAUCGCCCAGAUAGAAGAGGAAGAGAGAAGACAGACGUUUAAAGUCAUGCCGGAGAUGGAGAAGCAGCUCAUGUCGAUCCCUAAGUCAGUGCUUACGCAUAAACCAAAGGAGGAGAGGAACAACGAGCUGGUGCUCUACCGCGUUCCGGCAGCGCUGGGAAUACCGGCUGAACAGGACAGUGUUCGAGCAGCGAUGACGGACGCAAGAGAGCGAGCCAGGGAGAAAAUGGCAGAGAGUUACAACGGACAGGCGGAGGGGGACAGGACACCGCCGCCAGACAUGCCCGUGGACGGUGAACAGUUGCCAGACUACGAUUUGGAUCCUAUGGAGAUCGACGAUAGCUAGGACCUAUCACUCACCCACUCUCAACUCUCACUCACACACACACACAAAGUUAUGCAAUGGUAUCUUCAUGUAGCAGUCAUUAGUUCUAUAGAAAGCUUCCUCCAGAGAAGCGUGAGUUGAAGUCGGCAGCUUUGUUGAGCAUCUCCCUACGCUGGGAAUGGCUGAUCUUGGACGGAGCCCUGAUAUCCUUCUC